AUGAGCUCUGGAGCGGACCAGCCAUCGCUAGACGCAUUGCUGGAAACUGCGCGCAGACUGCGGUCACGUGCCGGGCCUUCCAACGCUCCUGGCGCUCGCCACGAGCGUCCCGGCGGUGUGGCAGCGGGCUCGACGGGUGCAGCGCACGCAGCGCGUGUCAAGGAGCCCUGCCAUGCCUUUUUCGAGUUUCUGACGCGGUCGCAUUGCGAGGAAAACCUCGAUUUCCUUCUCGCCACGGAUCCGUACGUCGACACCACCAGCGAAAGCACCGACAGCCAGCGCUUCGCCCGCGAAGCGCUCGCCACUUGGCACCGCUACGUGUACCUCCAGUUCAUCCAAACGGACUCGCCCCGCGAGUGCAACCUGCCGCAGGAAAUCCGGCAAAUCUUUGACCAGUGUGCACUCACCGAUGUGGUGCCGCCGCGCGCCAGCAUCGAGGCGGCCCGCCAGCACGUUUUCGGGCUGCUGCGCGACGCCUACUUCAAGUUCAUACAUCUGCAGCGACGCUGCUCCAAUUCCUCGUGUCCAGUGCACGCUCACAAGCAGCGGUCUCACGUUAGGUCAGGCUCGGGCUCUGGUUCUGGCUCUGGCUCGGGCUCAGGCUCGGGCUCAGGCUCGGGCUCUGGUUCUGGCUCUGGCUCAGUUUCCGGCUCAGUUUCCGGCUCUGGCCCUAGUUCCCGCUCUUUCUCCCAUUCCCACUCGCUCUCUGGAACCAGAUCCCAGAGUCGAUCCUCAGCGUUCGCAACACCGGUCCAAUCGCCCUCUCCUCCGCUCACGCCGUCGUUGCUAUCGCCCGUCGCCCGUGUUAUCGCAGCUACCUCCUACCUCGACGACUACGCAGUCGAAGAAGAAGAAGACGACGUUGAUGACGAAGAUGAUUUCUAUGACGAUUUGAACCGCGAUUCUUCUCGUAAUCGCCACAGCCGUCAAAACGACAAUUCUGCCACCAGUAAAACCAGCGCAUCCACAUCAACCUCAACGUCAAAUUUCCCGCUUCGAAGUUCUCCAUCCCAAGCCGGAAAUUCAAUCGUCUCUUCCAGUGCCACGGAUCGGAUGGCAGAACGCGCGGCCGUCCCAAGCAGUAUAUCGUCUACGGCCUCGUCAUUCUUAGCCACCACCUCCAUCGCUGGCACGAGCGCGACUUUCAACUCUGCGAAACUCAAACACACGGGCAAGAAACUCGUGCACAAGUUCAAGUUUCGCAGGAGCAGUUCGGGAAGUUCGGGGUCCUCAUUGAACCCGUAA